UUUUCUCUGUGCUGUUUCAUUUUUCUUGAACCUUCUACUUUCUUCUUCCUUUUCACCCUUUAAAUACUCCAAUUCAUCACCACCUUUAUCAUCACACAAAACAUCAAAAAUCAUUUCAUCAAAGUAGAUACAAAAUUCAGAGGAAGCCUGCGAAUAUGGAUUUCAGAUUGAUGGGUUUGGAUGCUCCAGUAUUGCAUGCUCUGCAUCAAAUGAUGGACCUUUCUGACGACAAUUCUUCCGACAAGUCAUCAUUACACAAUGCUCCUACAAGAUCCUAUGUGAGAGACGCCAAGGCGAUGGCUGCAACUCCGGCAGACGUGAAGGAAUAUUCGAAUUCAUACGUGUUCGUGAUCGACAUGCCAGGAUUGAAAUCCGGUGACAUAAAGGUUCAGGUUGAAGAUGAUAACGUGCUUGUGAUAAGUGGUGAAAGGAAGAGAGAAGAAGAGAAAGAAGGUGCUAAGUAUUUGAGAAUGGAGCGAAGGGUUGGAAAAUUCAUGCGCAAAUUUGUUCUUCCUGAGAAUGCUAAUACUGAUGCAGUUUCAGCUGUGUGUCAAGAUGGGGUUCUCAGUGUUACGGUUGAGAAAUUGCCUCCGCCUCAGCCUAAGAAACCUCGAACUAUUGAGGUUAAGAUUGCUUGAAAUUGAAACCUUGUUUUGAAUUAUCAUGAUCUUUGGGGCAGAGGAAUACUAUGUGGUUUUUUCUUUUUCUUAUGUUUUGUUGUUGGAAUUAUUGCUGGAGUUAGUUUGGUUUGAUGCAUUGGGAGGAUGUUUAGAUUGUUGUACGGAAUCAGCUGUAACUUUGAUUUGUAAUGCAAUGAAGUGGUUCUGUUUUGGAUUCA